UGGAGAGCACAGGUAUAAGAGCCAGCGCUGUGCCCCAAGCCGGACAGGUUCCUGAAGCUGGCAGGAUGAAUGUGGGGGUGGCACACAGCGAAGUAAACCCCAACACUCUAGUGAUGAACAGUUUGGGCAUCUGGCUGGCCUACAUCAUCUCGGUAGGACUGCUGCACGUGGUUCUCCUCAGCAUCCCUUUCUUCAGCAUUCCUGUUAUCUGGACCCUGACCAACGUCAUCCAUAACUUGGCAAUGUAUAUCUUCCCACAUACAGUCAAAGGGACGCCCUUUGAGACCCCUGACCAAGGAAAGGGUCAGCUUUUGACACAUUGGGGGCAGAUGGACUAUGGACUACAGUUUACCUCCUCACGAAAGUUCCUCAGCAUCUCUCCUAUUAUACUCUACCUCCUGGCCAGCUUCUACACCAAGUGUGAUGCUGCUCACUUCCUCAUCAACACUGCCUCACUGCUCAGCAUGCUGCUGCCUAAGCUACCCCAGUUCCAUGGGGUUCAUCUCUUUGGAAUCAACAAAUACUAAAAGAUGGGUUGCUAGUUCUGCAGGCAUUGAGGGAAGGCACUGGAACUAAUAUAUAAUGUUUUCCCUUCUCCACCCUAUCUUCUGUAUCUU